AUGGACACCCUCAGAUGGCUUCUAGCUGUGUGCUUUCUUUCCGUUGGCCGCACGAAAAUCCUGUUCAGCAACAACGGGUACGAAAACGUGGUCAUCGCCGUGUCCAUUGGGGACAGCGCAAAACCGCACAAGUUGAUAUCCAAGAUCAAGGCGGAAAUCAGCGCCUUUUCGACCGCGUUACUGGAGGCCACACACGGCUGGGCGUCCAUCCGGUCUGUUCGAAUCGUUAUCCCCAGCAACUGGGAUACGUUCGGUACCAAGUCUGAAACGUGUCUGUCGGUGGACGAUGCCGACAUCGAAGUCUACGACGACAGGACACGAUCACCAUUCGGCAUCUCUGUCGAACAACUUUUCGGCUGCGGAGCCGCGGGAAGCAGAAUCUCCAUCGACCAAAGCUUUUUCGGCCAGAAUAGUCGACUUUCAGGAAAGAAGCUAUUGCAAAAGUGGGCCCAGUUCAGGUAUGGAGUAUUCGACGAAUCAGUACCGAGUCCGUCCAGUGAAAAAGAAAUGAUGUCCUCGCUGUACCGGAAGUAUUAUCCGUUGAAGAUCAACUCAACCGUCAAGUGGAAGCCGUCCGUAUGCAGCACUCAUGUCCAAAGUACAGAAGCUUUGCCGGCCGGCGGAUUCUGCCUCACGAAUAGCCACUGGCUUCAGUAUCAGUGCGACGUACAGCUGGGCAAAGAACAGAAUGCUACCGCUUCGAUCAUGUUCACUACUGACAUCACUCACUUCUGCAGCGAUGACGACAAUGAGCGGAACGAAAAGCACAACAUCUACGCAAUGAACCGUCACAAUCACAUGUGUAAUUUCCGCAGCGUUUGGGCAGUCAUUUUGCAGAACAAAGACUUCGUUGGAUACCGGUGAGG